AGGACACAGGCACCGAGGGCCCAGCCCGACCCCUCCUCAGGAUCUCUCAGAAGAGGUAGAGGUGAACCUCCCCCAAGGUGGGCUACGGAGAGUCCCCUCGGGCCUUCCAGGCGCAGGCACACUCUAGGGGGCGCUCCUCAGUGACCCGGGAGCGGAAUAACUCUGGAACUGUGUUCGCGAGGUCGCGAGCGCCGCCGGAGCGUUUGGGGAACGGCACCGCGGGAACCCGGAAACACCAGAACUCGCCGGGCUGGCGGCGGCGGGCGCGGGAGGAGCUGCGGCAGCGGCGGGGCGCUCUGCGGCUCUGCGGACACGGCGGACCCGGUCACCCAGGGCUCCGCGAGUAGCGGAGCGGGGCCUCCCAGCGCGCGCCAAGGAACGUGAAGAAAAGGCAAUGUCUGCCAAUUUAAAGUACCUUUCUUUGGGAAUCCUAGUCUUUCAGACUACCAGCUUGGUUCUUACUAUGCGUUAUUCGAGGACUUUGAAAGAAGAUGGGCCUCGGUAUUUGUCAUCGACUGCGGUAGUCAUUGCUGAACUUUUGAAGAUCAUUGCCUGCAUUUUAUUAGUCUACAAAGAUAGCAAAUGCAGUCUUCGAACAUUGAAUAGAGUAUUACAUGAUGAAAUUCUAAACAAACCUAUGGAAACGCUUAAACUUGCUAUUCCAUCAGGAAUAUAUACUCUUCAGAAUAAUUUACUGUAUGUAGCAUUAUCAAACCUAGAUGCAGCUACUUAUCAGGUUACUUAUCAGUUAAAAAUUCUUACCACAGCCCUGUUUUCUGUGUCCAUGCUUAGUAAAAAAUUAGGUUUGUACCAAUGGCUGUCUCUAGUGAUUUUAAUGGCAGGUGUCACUUUUGUACAGUGGCCUUCAGAUUCUCAAGAAUCAACUUCUAAGGAACUCUCAGCAGGCUCUCAAUUUGUAGGUCUGAUGGCAGUUCUUACAGCAUGUUUUUCAAGUGGUUUUGCAGGAGUUUAUUUUGAGAAAAUUUUAAAAGAAACUAAACAAUCUGUGUGGAUUAGAAAUAUUCAACUUGGUUCUUUUGGGAGCAUAUUCGGAUUAAUGGGUGUUUACAUUUAUGAUGGAGAAUUAGUAUCAAAGAACGGAUUUUUUCAGGGAUAUAACAAACUGACCUGGAUAGUUGUUGUUCUUCAGGCACUUGGAGGCCUUGUCAUAGCUGCUGUUAUUAAGUAUGCAGAUAAUAUUUUAAAAGGAUUUGCAACAUCUUUGUCUAUAAUAUUAUCAACACUAAUCUCCUAUUUUUGGCUGCAAGAUUUCGUUCCAACCAGUGUCUUUUUCCUUGGAGCCAUCCUUGUAAUAGCAGCUACUUUCCUAUAUGGCUAUGAUCCCAAACCUGCAGGAAAUCCUACGAAGGCCUAAUUAUUUUUUGAAACUUGUUUCUCAGGAUUGUUAAAGUAUUAAUAUUCUCAAACAUCAUUCACACUCGGAGGAUGUCAACAUAAAUUCUGUGAGAGAUCAUCAGAUUGAGUCUGGUCAUGAUUGUUUAAAUGAUUCAAAGUCACAAAGGUUUAAAAACUGUAAAAAGGUUGUUACAGGUGGAAGUGAAAUAUCUAGUGCAUCCAUAAGUAAAAACUUGAAAGAAAAAAUAGCUUUCCAAUGAUUAGUUUCAGAAAUGUUUACAACUUGAACUCUGAAGUUAACAAAAAAGGUUUUUACAAUAUUGAUUGCUGCAGAAAUGUCCUAUGCACUCUUUGCAAGAGCACAUGACAACAUUUGUCAGAUAUAAAUUUUUGCAAAUCAAAUCUAUUUAAUCUUAGUAAAUGUUUUUAAUUUGCUAUUUCUGUACAGAUAGAUUACACUGAAUAUAAUUCAUUAUUCUGUAAUUAAGAUUAUAAUUAGCUAUUUCUUAUUAAAGCUGUGAAGAAAUUGAAGUAUGAUUUGAAAAAAGUUUUCACAUAUCCAAGAUUUUUAUAUUUAUAAAGAAAUUACUAAAAAAUUUGAAUUCUGUUAUUUGUUAAACUCUAUAAAAUGGAUAAUAUGGGUCUGAUUUAAUAUCUAAAGGGGAAAAUUUAUAUGUAAAGUUCUCUGUGUAAUGAUAUAUAUAACCAAAUACAAGCUACAGGUGAAGUUUGGAUCUUGGUUUCUUUUUAAUUUUUUUCUUAUAAAUUAGAUCUUUUAAUGUUAUUUUAAAUUUUAUCUAUGUGUGAUUCAGAUUCCUUUAAAGUUUUAAAUGUAACUUAAGAUGAAGUCAAUGCUUAAACUAUAUAAUGGUUUAUAAAAAUAUAUAAUUGUUCAUGUCCACUCUAUUUGGAGUCAUUAUGGACUAUCAUGUAUAUAUUAUAUGUUAUAUCAUAUUAUACUCAAUAUAAUCUCAAUCUAUGAGAGCUUCUUUAAGGCUGUAACAGUAAAGAUAUUUUUAAUUUGAAUAUCGUAAGUUGGCAUCAAAAUGAUUUCUAGAACCAUUUUAGAUAGCCAUUAUAUUGUUUAAAAUAAUGUAGUAAGUUUAAAUUCAGGGUUCCCCCCAAAAUUUUUAAGCCCCCCACCUUAAAAAAUGCCCUUCCUCUGUAUUAAAUUGAAGGGAUAUUACUUUUAUAAGACUCCAAUCACUGCAUGGGGCUGCUUGGACAAAAGCUCUUAUUCAUUUCUUUGUGUGUAUAAUACAUGAAUGUGUGUUUGUAUAUAUGUAUACAUGUAUACAAACACGUGUAAAAAUGGUUUUGUGUAUUAAAGUAGUGUAUGUAUGUAUAUAUGUGUUUUAUAUAUAUAUUUGUGUAUAUAUAACUACACAAAAACACCUGCUUUAAAAUAACAUCAUUUCUUUGAUAAGUUCUUUUGAAUAUUGAAGUGGAAUAUUUUGUUAUAAGCCAUUUUACUCAUUUUUGAUGAGGUUGACGUAUCAUAAAUUAUUAAUUAAAAACCUUACAGAGUUAUCAUAUUUGGUUAAUUCAGUUGUGAACAAAAAUAGUUUGAUAUUCUAGCUUGUUCUCUAUAUAAUGUACUUUAAAAGAACAUGUAACAUUCUAGUUUUUAAAAAAAAAUGCAUAAAUAACUCAAAAAUUCAAUAGUUACCUAUUCUGGGUAGUUUUUAAAAAAUAAGGUUCAUAAGUUUUGUGUUUAAAAUUAUGGCAUUCUUAUUGCAUUUAGACUACUUCUGAGUCAGCCUACUAUCAAAUUUCUUUGAAAAUAUUCUUCUGUGUUCAUAAAUCAGGAGUCCAUUCUUACCUCUUUUGUCUAGGGUUUCAAUUCUUUACAAAUAUGUUCAAUUACAAAACACUUGGAAUCUUUGUAGUAGGUAUUGUAAACUGGUUCUUGUUUGGACAGUAUUCCUGGGCAUAUAGCAACAAUUUCCUUUGAGAGUUGUUAAAAUGUUAACAAUUUGGGGCGUUUUCUUAGUAUGCUACAAAAAUCUGGCCCAAUUGAAAUUCAGAUCCUUGAGUUACAUAGGAACUUUGAUACAUAAAAUUCCAGGAUAUAGUUUACUUUAAAAAUAUAGUCUAGGUGUCUAAAUAGUAAUUCAGUAUGCUUUCUUACUUAGCCAGUUGACACUGUGUGACUUGUCUCUUAUUUUAAUGGUUUGAAAAGUAAUACUAAUAAAGUAUUAGUAUGUGAUUAGUUUAAUGUCAUGCUCCCAGUGACUAAAAACUUAAAAUUAUUCAAGUAUUCAAGCAAGUAUAUCAGAACAGGCUAGUUUCAGGAAAUAAAUAUUAUUAUUCUAAGCAAUGUAGUAUGGCAGAAAGAGUGAGAACUGAGUUCUUGUCCACCUGUGCUACUGAUUCAUUUUAUGAUCAUGAGCAAAUCACUUCUCUAGGUAUUGGUUUAUUAUCAGUCACAUAAAAGUAUUGGCCUAUGAAGUUCUUUCCAGCUCUAAUAUUCUAUAAUCAGUAACAUAUUUAUUUUCAAAAGUAACUCUUCUGUGGACAGAGAAUUUACAUUUUACACUUCUUGAAAUUAAGAAAAUGUUUUUUCUUAGACUUUAUAUUAUCUAAUUUAUGCUUUGUGUUCAAAGGGAAAUAUAUUAGAAUGUACAAUUUGAAAAGGACCACUGGAGUUAUAGAUUGACUUUUACCAUUGGCUAAUGUGACAUUUUCAUGACAGUUUUUGAUAAUUUGACAGAUUUAUCUACCAUAGUCUUGUCUGCUAACCAUGUGAUUAAAAAUUUAACAAUACUAUGAUUGACAUAGGAUUUUGACACCUAAAUAACUCUAGCAUUUUAAGAAAUUUAGGCUUUUUCACUUCUCAACUACUUUAUUCACUAAAAAUAACCAUUUUAUAGAGAUAUGUGCCAAUAGUUAGCAAAAUAUGAUAAAUGAAGUCUAUUGGGUCCAAUUUCAAACUGGAUAAAAGUUUUAAAUAUACAGAAUGGAUUUACCAACAGAACAGUAAUAAAUUAAACUGUUUUUAAGAGUACCAUAGGUAUGAAUUUUUGAAGAUUUCUUUUAUGUUAAAAUCCGUAUCACCAGGACGAUGAACAGUGGUUUGCAUUUCUAGGUAUUCUUAGUGGGAGAAAACUUGAAAGCCAGUUUAGACCCUGGACAAAAAUAUAGGGGGAAAGAAUUUGUCAAUCAAAAGGCUGCCCCUACAGAUUUCAGAAAUUGUGCUGUACUGAGUUUAAGAUAUGAUUUUUAUUACCUUUAUUAACUGACAAAUCUUUCUGACGAAGUAGUUUUCUAGAUUUUAAAAAUGUUAUUGUGUUUGCUUCCAAUGUAGGUAUUGUUUUUGAGAAACAGGGUUUAUUUUUGUCUGAACAUCAUCUUUUAAUUUAAAUGUUCAUCAUGACAGUAUUUAUUUUACAUCAUGAAUGUGUGCUUUUCAAUAGUAAGCCUUCUAGAAGUUGUUUAUGUGAUGUUUGUAAGUCACUUUAAGAACUUCCAUAAUGUAGCAUAUUUAGUAAUAAAAUAUAGGACCAAAAGAAGCAUCUUUUACAGAUAUGGUCCUGUGUGCCUUGCUUACCAAAUACCUAACUUCUGGAGGUUGUUACUGUAAUUCACAAUUAUGGAUACGUGAUAAUAAUAUCAGGAAUUUUUAAAUUGUUAUUUCUCAAUUGAAUUUUUUAAAAAUUCUGUAUCCACAAGUAUUCAUUAAAUCUAUUUUGUGAUACAGGAAAUUAAAUAUACUGUACAGGUAAUUGAUAACCAGUAUAUAUUGGAGUGAAAGUGCAACACUAUUACUCAUCAUUGAGCACUUUGAAACUUUAAAAAUGAAGUACAAACCAGAUUACUAUUAUAGUUUCUUGUUCUUUUAACUAACAUUUUAUUGCUAAUUUUUGCCCUAAAGAAUUUGGGUAUUUUGUUGUAUCUCCAUGUUUUAUUUGCUUGGUUAUCUUUUGGUUUGGGGAACAAUAUGUAAUUUUUUUAUAUUUAAGCUUUUAUGGACAAAAUUCAAAAAUUGUACAAUGGAUCUUUUUUAUGUCAUGUUUUGGAUAAAUAUUUCAAAAUUUUUCAGUAUCUAAUUACCACCUAUUUGUUAUGAGUUUUAUUUGAAUUUAGGUAUAGUUUAUUAUUGAAAUUGUGACCCUGCUUACCAAUAUAUAUAUGAACCUGAAUGUAAAUUAAAAUUUUCCUUUUUUUAAUACCAAUGAUAAA